AUGGCUUCGAAUUUGGAUUCCGAACAACAUGAACAUCAUGAACUACAUAAUUACUUCCCUGAACGCUCAGACAUCACUUCCAAUCUCGAGUUUACGCCACAAUUCGAAAAUGAGGUCGAACAACCAUUACCAUCUAGCUCAGAUGGCUCUGAAGACUUUAACGAAACAUUACGCCCUACGACAACCAACGAAACUGCGAGAGAAAAACAAUUCGAAUCAAUAAGGACGGGAGAUCGUGAAGAAUUGGAGAGAAUAGCUUCAGGUUUUGGAGGUUCUCAAUUAGGACGAACUUUUACCAAUGCUACAGCGAAGAAUCAUGAAUUGGAGAAACAGGAUACCUUGGCUGGCCUUAAAUGGGGAGAAUCAACCUUGGACCCCAGCUCCCUCGAUUUUGAUGUGUAUAAAUGGACGAAAAUGAUGAUGAGAUUGACGGAUGAGAAUCAAGUUAUCCAACGACGUGCUGGAAUUGUAUUCAAGAACCUCAAAGUAUGCGGUUCUGGAUCAGCAAUAAAUGUACAAAAGGAUGUUGCUUCGCUGUUAAUGGCACCUUUACGAUUUAGAGAAUUUGGUGGAAAAUCUUCCGAGAAGACAAUUUUGAACGAUUUUAAUGGUGUUUUAAAAUCAGGAGAGAUGUUGCUUGUUCUGGGGAGACCUGGUUCGGGAUGUUCAACAUUCCUCAAAACUCUAACGGGAGAACUUUAUGGAUUGGACAUGAAGCAAGAAUCAGAGAUUAAUUAUAAUGGUAUCACGCAAAAACAAAUGCUCAAACAAUUCCGAGGUGAAAUAGUCUACAACCAAGAGGUCGACAAGCAUUUCCCUCAUUUGACCGUUGGAGAGACUUUGGAAUUUGCUGCGAGUGUACGUACGCCACAGCAAAGACUUAUUGAUGGAAUCACUCGUGAAGCUUGGGCAAAGCAUAUGACUAAAGUCGUCAUGGCUGUUUACGGAUUAUCCCACACGUAUAAUACUAAAGUCGGUAAUGAUUUCGUGCGAGGUGUAUCUGGAGGUGAGAGAAAACGUGUUAGUAUCGCCGAGAUGGCUUUGGCUGGUUCACCAAUUGCGGCGUGGGAUAACGCUACGCGUGGUUUGGAUGCCGCAACUGCUCUAGAGUUCACCAAAUCUUUACGGAUGACUGCCGAUCUAUGUGGUUCAGCUCACUUGGUUGCCAUUUAUCAAGCUAGUCAACAAAUUUAUGAUGAAUUUGAUAAGACAGUCGUACUUUACGAAGGUCGUCAAAUUUAUUUUGGACCUUGCGACCAAGCGAAACAAUACUUUAUGGAUAUGGGUUGGGAAUGUCCUCCUCGUCAAACCACUGGUGACUUUCUGACUUCGAUUACCAACACUUCGGAACGAAAAGCGAGACCGGGCUUCGAGAAAAAGGUUCCUAGGACUCCAGAGGAAUUCGAGAAAUACUUCAAAGAUUCAAAAAUAUUCAAGAACAUGAUGAGAGAAAUGAAAGCACACGAAGAGGAGUUCCCUAUGGGAGGCAAAACAUUGGAACAAUUCAAAGAAAGUCGGAAGGGGAUGCAAGCUGAUCACCUACGACCCGAGUCACCAUACACCGUCAGCAUCAUCAUGCAAACAAAGUAUUGUGCCAAGCGAGCCGUUCAACGUUUAUGGAACGAUAAAACUUCUACAGUUACGACAAUCGUAGGUCAGAUUGCCAUGGCUUUGAUCAUCGGAUCUAUUUACUACAAUACCCCGACGAAUACAGCAAGUUUCUUCCAAAAGGGAGGUGUUCUCUUCUUCGCCGUUUUGCUUAACGCUCUGAUUGCUAUAUCGGAAAUCAAUACUCUAUACUCCCAAAGACCGAUUGUUGAAAAACAAGCAUCUUACGCUUUCUAUCAUCCUUUCACUGAAGCUUUGGCUGGUGUUGUUGUCGAUAUACCGGUGAAAUUCGCCAUUGCAACCUGUUUUAACAUCAUUUUAUACUUCCUUGCGGGUCUGAAACAAGAGGCGGGCGCAUUCUUUGUCUUUUUCCUCUUUAACUUUGUGGCCAUCUUGACUAUGAGUCAAAUAUACCGUAGUAUCGCAGCAGCAACAAAAACAAUUGCUCAAGCACUGGCUAUCGCUGGUGUAGCCACCCUUGUCGUUGUCAUUUAUACCGGUUUCGUUAUUCCUAGACCAUUGAUGCAUCCUUGGUUUAAAUGGCUUUCAUGGAUCAAUCCAGUUGCAUAUACUUUUGAGGCUUUAUUCGUCAAUGAGUUACAUGGAACCCUAUUCGACUGCUCAACUUUGGUACCUACAGGUCCGGGCUAUGUUCAAUCUGGCAAUACCUUCGUUUGUGCUGUUGCUGGCGCUGUUAUCGGUUCCACUACUGUCAGUGGUGAUGAUUAUUUGGAAGCAGCGUUUCAAUACUCUUAUUCCCACUUAUGGCGUAACUUGGGAUUCAUGUUUGCAUUCAUGAUCUUUUUCUUAUCUUUCUAUCUUCUCGCAACCGAGUUCAAUUCCUCUACAGACAGUAAAGCUGAGGUUUUGGUCUUCCGCCGUGGACAUGUACCAGAAGAGUUAUUGGCCGCGGAGCGAGCUGCAAAGAAUGAUGAAGAAGCACACGUCGGCGCUGGUGUAGAUGCCAAAAAGCAUCACUCAGACAAAGAUGGAGGAGAAGUUCAGGCAUUGGCACCCCAAACAGACGUGUUCACAUGGAGAAAUGUGUGUUACGAUAUCAAGAUUAAGAACGAACCUCGCAGACUUCUCGAUAAUGUUUCCGGAUGGGUAAAGCCUGGAACUUUAACAGCUUUGAUGGGUGUUUCUGGUGCGGGAAAAACAACAUUACUCGAUGUCCUCGCUCAGAGAGUUUCUAUGGGAGUUAUUACAGGUGAUAUGUUGGUUAGCGGAAAACCUCUCGACGAAUCAUUUCAACGAAAAACCGGAUACGUUCAACAACAAGAUUUACAUCUCGAAACCACUACUGUUAGGGAAGCUCUUCGAUUCUCGGCUAUGCUACGUCAACCAAAAUCUGUUUCCAAGAAGGAAAAGUUUGAUUUCGUGGAAGAUGUUAUCAAGAUGUUGAAUAUGGAAGACUUCUCAGAAGCAGUCGUUGGUGUCCCAGGAGAAGGAUUGAACGUGGAGCAAAGAAAACUCUUGACUAUUGGUGUCGAAUUAGCUGCUAAACCUGCACUCUUACUCUUCUUGGAUGAGCCUACCUCAGGUUUGGAUUCACAAUCUUCAUGGGCAAUCGUCUCUUUCUUGAGAAAGUUAGCCGAUAAUGGACAGGCCGUCUUGGCUACUAUCCAUCAACCUAGUGCUAUCCUGUUUCAAGAAUUCGAUCGAUUAUUAUUCUUAGCAAAGGGUGGAAGAACUGUUUACUUUGGAGACAUUGGUCACAAUUCCGAGACUUUACUUAACUAUUUUGAAUCUCAUGGUGCGGAGAAGUGUGGAGAGGAUGAGAAUCCUGCAGAGUAUAUGUUAACAAUGGUUGGUGCCGGAGCCCAAGGAAAAUCUACUCAAGAUUGGCAUGAAGUAUGGAAAGCUAGUGAUGAAGCAAAGGCUAUUCAAACGGAAAUUUCACGCAUCGAACAAGACUUGGGUCAUCAAUCAUCUCAAAAUGAUCCUGGUUCCCAAGACGAAUUCGCCAUGCCCUUCACCAUUCAGCUUUUGGAAGUUACGAAGCGUGUGUUCCAACAAUAUUGGCGUACCCCUGGAUAUGUAUACUCCAAGCUUGUUCUUGGUGUCGCAUCUGCACUCUUUAUUGGUUUCUCAUUUUUCCACGCCGAUGCAUCUCAACAAGGUCUUCAAGAUGUUAUCUUCUCAAUCUUCAUGAUAACAACUAUCUUCACAACCCUCGUGCAACAAAUUAUGCCUCGAUUUGUCCUUCAAAGAGAUCUUUAUGAGGUUCGUGAAAGACCAUCAAAAGCUUAUAGCUGGAAAGCUUUCAUCAUCGCCAAUAUUGUCGUCGAAAUUCCAUAUCAAAUUCUUCUUGGUAUCAUGGUAUUUGCCUCAUACUUCUACCCAAUUUACACCAGCAACGGUAUUCCACCAUCAAGUCGUCAAGGUCUUAUUCUCCUACUCUUCAUUCAAUUCUUCGUCUUUGCUAGUACAUUCGCUCAUAUGCUUAUUGCUGCUCUUCCUGAUGCGGAAACCGCGGGUAACAUCGCUACGCUCAUGUUCUCACUCACACUUACCUUUAACGGAGUCUUCCAACCUCCAAAUGCUCUUCCCAGGUUUUGGAUUUUCAUGUAUCGAGUUUCACCUUUGACUUAUCUCGUCUCGGCUAUCGUAUCUACCGGUCUUUCCGGCCGCGAAGUAGUAUGCGCCAAAAACGAACUCGCAAUCAUGCAACCACCUGCCGGCGAAACCUGCGGAAGUUAUCUCCAAUCCUACGCUAACGCCACAGGUGGUUCCAUCUAUAAUCCUGAAGCUACUUCAGAUUGUAACUACUGUUCUUCAUCAAACGCAGAUCAAUAUCUCUCUUCCGUAUCCAUUAGCUAUGAUACGAGAUGGAGAAACUACGGUAUCGUGUUUGUGUAUAUCUUUUUCAAUAUCUUCAUGGCGGUGUUUUUGUAUUAUCUCAUUAGAGUGAGGAAGAGUAGUGGGAAGAGUCUUAAGGAAAAAUUGGGAUUCUUAGGAAAACUUUUUUAG